GUCAGCGCACGUUCCCGCGGGUUUGGAGGCGGGAAUCAUGGACUCCGCCCCCCUGUUGUCCCGGGCGCGCGCCCCACUCAGCAGAGCAUCCGUCGCCCGCCUCUUAUCCUGUGAAGUCAGACACUGAAGCGGCCGCCAUUUUGCGCGGCUGCUGGAGAAACCGGGGCAGAGAGCCAAAAAAUAUUUACCGUCGCCAAACAGCGGAGAAGAAAGACACGAUUCUCUUUCUUCAAUUCUUUGCUGUCUUUCUUUGUUUUCUUUCAGUGUAAACAGAUACCAGCGUCUUUUUAUUGGUUGCCUACAGGAUUGGUUGUUCCCUUCUGCUUAUUAAAGGAUAUACUGCAGCUGGCUACUGUUUGUUGCUGCAUGCCUGUGUCUUUGGUCUAGCAACGUGCUUCUGAGAGGACUUGGAAACUGGUGUGUUGUUCAGCGCAGCAUGGCUGUGGUCAUCCGCUUGCAAGGUCUGCCAAUUGUGGCGGGGACCAUGGACAUUCGCCACUUCUUCUCUGGAUUGACCAUUCCUGAUGGUGGCGUGCAUAUUGUAGGGGGUGAACAGGGUGAGGCUUUCAUCGUUUUUGCCACUGAUGAAGAUGCCCGGCUUGGUAUGAUGCGCACAGGCGGCUCAAUCAAAGGGUCAAAGGUUUCGUUAUUACUGAGCAGUAAAACCGAAAUGCAAAAUAUGAUUGAGCUUAGUCGUAGGCGGUUUGAAACUGCAAAUGUUGAUGUACCGCCUGCAAACUCUAGCCGUCCUGUACAGCCUACUAAUUCCGGGAUGACCAGUAGCUCUGCGAGAGUAAAUGUGCCGACGACAGUACCUAGUUUCAGUAGUCCUCCUACUAGCACGGUCUCUACUGUUACCUCUGUUCUCGAAAGCAAUAAGAAUGUGCCUACAUUCUCAACAGCUAAUAUUGGAAAUGCCCAAUCAAACUUAGGUGCAGCCUUCUGUAACCCAACAUAUACUUCUGCGAUGCCUAGCACAGCUACUCCUCUUCCUGCAGUACCACCACCACCUAUUCCGCCGAUGCCUACAAUGCCAGCCUUGCCUCCCAUGCCUUCCAUUCCACCUAUGCCUGUUCCUCCUCCUGUACCCGCCUUGCCUCCUGUUCCACCUGUUCCUCCAAUACCUCCUGUACCUCCAGUGCCACCCAUGACCCCGCUUCCUCCGCUGUCUGGGUUGCCUUCCAUGAAUCCACCCGUGGGACCGCUGCCUUCUGGAAUGAAUGGAUCUGGUUCCUCUAUGAAUAGUUCUAUGAAUCCAAUGUUUCUUGGGCCUGUAAAUGCAAUGCAGUUAAAUUCUCCAGGUGCGAUGAAACCGCCUCAUAUUAAUCACGAUGAUCCGUAUGUAUGCCUCCAGGGCUUGCCACUCCCUAUCUCAGAAAAUGACAUCAAGGACUUUUUUCACGGGUUAAGAGUUGACGGUGUGAUUAUUUUGAAAGAUCCUAUGGGUCGUCCCACUGGUAAUGCAUUAGUGAAGCUUCUCACUCCGCAUGACACAUUCGAGGCUCUGAAAAGGAAUAGAAUGCAUUUGGGACAGCGUUUUGUUGAAGUCGGUCCCGCAUCUGAGAGACAGUGGGUUGUUUCUGGGGGUCACAUUCUAAAACACAAUAUAGGUCAUUCUGGACAUCCUAGUCUGAUGCAGCAAUCUCUGUCUAGCUCCAAAUCUCCCGGUGCCCAGCGGCGUUCCAGGUCCAGAUCCCCGCACGAACAUGGCUUCUGUAUUUAUCUAAAAGGUUUACCCUACGAGGCAGAGAACAAACACGUUAUAGAUUUUUUCAAAAAGCUAGAUAUUGUUGAAGACAGCAUCUAUAUAGCCUACGGCGCAAAUGGCAAAGCGACCGGCGAAGGUUUUCUGGAGCUGAGGAAUGAGGUCGACUAUAAGGCUGCGCUGUCCCGCCACAAACAGUACAUGGGAAGCCGUUUCAUUCAAGUUCACGCCAUAAGCAAAAAAGGCAUGCUAGAAAAAAUAGACUCCAUUCGUAAAAAAUUGCAGGGCUUCAAAUAUGUUGAUCGUAAAGACGGCUCUAUGGAUGCGGACUCAGAGAAACGGGGGCCCCGGCUAUGGGGGCAUCUGUCAAAUUUACCCUACAGUAUCACAAGGAAAGACGUGCAUCAGUUUUUCCUUCUGGAAGGGAUUGUCGUUGAGGAGAACAGUAUCCAAAUACUUGCAGACAACAACGGGCAGGGUCUAGGACAAGCCCUCGUUCAGUUUAGGAAUGAAGAAGAUGCUCAUAAUUCUGAGCGCCUUCAUCGCAAAAAGCUGAACGGCAGGGAUGCCUUUUUGCAUUUAGUGAGCGCAGACGAAAGGAAGGAAAUUGAGAGCCACCCCCCGGUGCAAGGUAGAAAAGGGUAUAAAAUGCAGAGUUAUUCCAACCCCCCGUCUGCAGGGAUCAGUUCUGGCGGAGAGGAGUUCUUCAUGAGUAGUUUAAAAGAAAAUAAAAACGGUCCGCAUUUUAACUUCCCUGGUAACUAUGCAGGACCUACCAAUCCAUUUGGCCCUCCUGGGCCACCCCCUGUAAUGGGCAGCAACUUUGUAGACCAGAGACCCCCACCGCCUGCCACAACUAAUGUAGCAAAUUCUCCUUUGGAUCCCCAAGGAUUUGGCAGCGGUCCCAAUUUCAGUGGGGCGGCCUCUGCUUUUGGAAACGGACCCCCGCCUUUUGGAAAUGCGCAGUCGAAUGCAAAUAUCCCCCCUAAUUUUAAUGCUGGCCCACCCACGUUAGGAGGCGGUCCAGGUGUCUUAAAUGCCCCUCCUGGAUUUGGGCCUGGAAACAUGCAGCUCGGUGGCCCUCCCAGCUUUAGCACAGGCUCCGGAAAACCAGGGCCAACUGUAAUCAGGAUCCAAAACAUGCCCUUUACGGUGUCGGUAGACGAGAUCUUAGACUUCUUCUAUGGCUAUCAGUUAAUCCCUGGCUCUGUGUGCCUUAAGUUUAGUGAAAAAGGCAUGCCGACGGGAGAAGCCAUGGUUGCGUUUGAAUCCCGAGAUGAGGCCAUGGCGGCCGUAGUUGAUUUAAACGACCGACCCAUCGGCUCCAGAAAAGUCAAACUCCUGUUAGGAUAGCGCCUUCCAUCCUGAUCGUAUAG